AUGAAGCCUUCCACUCGAGUGAUCUCCAAUGACUUGGGCUUGAACUACAAGUCCCCAAAAAAUUUCACCAAGGUGCUGGCUCCGUAUAAGCAGCAACUUGAAAAAAGUUAUCUUCAAGAGCUUUUCGAAAACAUGGUUGAUGGAGAAGGCACACAUAAGGGCCAGGACAUUCAAGCUGGGGCCACCACUCAAGCUGGGGCCACCACUCAAGCUGGGGCCACCACUCAAGCUGGGGCCACCACUCAAGCUGGGGCCACCACUCAAGCUGGGGCCACCACUCAAGCUGGGGCCACCACUCAAGCUGGGGCCACCACUCAAGCUGGGGCCACCACUCAAGCUGGGGCCACCACUCAAGCUGGAGCUACCACUAGCAACAAGUGCACUUGCAAAAUCGAGCAAGAUAUUUGGGACUUGGACGAGGCCAAUGCUAUCUUAAACGCCCGUUGCGUUGUGUGUAAGAUUGGCAUCAACGAGGGCAUCAAUUCCCCAGCGAUCAAAACCGAAAACGAGGUUCAGCCGGCUGAAGACGAUUUCGAAGAAAUCACCCUUGAGGUCAACGCUUCUACUUCUGCGACCAAAAUCGAAAACGAGAUUCAGUUGGUCGAAGAUGACUUCGAAGAAAUCACCCUCGAGAUCAACACUUCUUCCAGAAUCAAAAUGGAAAACGAAAUUCAACCGGCCGAAGACGGUUUCGAAGAAAUCACUCUCGGCGAUUGCCUCACCUGUAAUGGACCUGCCAGGGCCUGCAAUUGCCCUGACGCCAAUCUUCAGCUCCCAUUUGAUCACGAGCUCGACGAUAGCGGUUUCGUCGAUGAUUCUCUGACAACGGUGGUUCAGAGAAAGAUCAGGGCUCUCGAUUUUGAAGUCGAUGAUAUCUUUGAUCCGAUGAGUGAUGGCUGUACCGAAAUUCUCAGAAGGAUGUCAUAUAACCGCGAGCCUAACGAAAGGGUAGAUAUUCACGAGGCUGGAUACACCUUUGUCGAUCAUCACAAGAAGAAAUGA